AUGCUGCCCAGGAGGGCUCAAAACUUCUGCAGCAGUUGCAACACGGUGGAAAGGGCAGUGGGGGUCUGGCGCAUUCUGUUCCUGCGCGGGCUCAGUGAAGGAGCUCACGGCCUGGAGGGGCGGGUGGACGAGAGCAGGAGAGCAAGUCCGCGUGAGAGAAGAGCCCGUGCUCCAGGGAACGGAGUCCGGGUCCUGGGGGAGGGCCGGGAGCCCUGGGGGGCCCACAAGGCUCCACGGGACACCGGUGCCGAGACCAGAAAGACAGGGGCGGCCAGCCCCACGUGCUCUGAACGGGCUCGGCCUCCAGCCGCUGGCGGCCCAAGUGCAGCUCAGAGGCAGAGCCUGAGGGAGGGCAAGGAGCACCCGGCCCCCACCGUCCGUGCCACCAUCACCCCGUUCAGCAGCGUGGCCAACCGCGUCAUCACCACCUGCCUCGGGGACCGGAGCGUGUCGGCCCGCCACAGGGCCAGGGCAUCCCAUGAGAGGGCCCAGGAAUCCCUCUCCAGUUCUGGAAGCUUCCUGUUCUUGGAGAAUUGUGUCUGCAGCUUGCCAGCUAGUCACUGUGGCUGCUGGGAGCAAGCGUCCAAGUGUUUUGCAGAAGCUAGCUCGUGCUGUCCCGCCGCCCACGGAAGGCAGGUUCCACCCUACCGUCGGAGGCGCGGGGGCCGCGCGAGGAUCGCCCCCACCCCGGGCGCGGCUGGCAGGAGGUCGCAACAGGGGAGUUCAGCCAGGCCGGCGGGCGCCACGCGGGCGGUGCGGCCGGGAGGGUCCGCUAGAUGGCGCUGCGGCGCCGGCGAACUCGGGAAGGGCGCGGGCUGGGCCUCGCGGGCCGCCGUCCACGCUAUAAAAGGCGCGGCGCGAGCUCGCGCGUCCUUUUCGGGCGGCGAAGAUGGAGAGGUUGGUGGGAGUUCGUUAUGGCCUCGGCGGGAGGCCGCGCGCCCGUCCGCCCCAGGGCCCGCCUGCGGCCAAGCCCCGCGCCCGGCGUCUCCGCCCGGGGUGCUCUCCGCAGUUUCCCGGCUUGGAAGCCUCGGGAACAUGGCAAGGCAGCGGGGGUUUAACGGCGCUUGUCUGGGCCCCAGGACACCCCGAGGUUACCGUGUGAGGAGCGGCAGCAGGUGGGCGGUUGCCCCUUGGCGCAGCGACCAGCAGGAAAGAUGGGAAGGACGAUGACUGAGCCUGUGGAAGUCGGCGAGAGUGAGCAGCCUCACGCUCCAGACCAGGAUCCGUAGGCGCAGCUGGUCCAUGGGAGAGGGACCCUCGGGUGGGACUCUUCAGGACAAGUGUCAGGACAGGCGGGAACCCCAGUGAGCAGCCCAGCAGCCACACACCGCCAGAGUCGAGGGCGGUACAGAGCCUGGGAGAGGCACGGCCUUGGAAAUUCCUCUGACGAAGAACGUGUGGGCCUAGCGUGUCGUGUGCGGAAAAGCAGUAGCAGUGUGUGCUUCUCCCCCUCGGGUGUGGUUCAGCAGGGCUGAGGCAGCGUCCUCCAGCCAGGAGGUGCAGGCAGGAUCUUGUAUGUGGGCCCACCCCACCGUCCUGAGCUGUAUCUGGAUUAUCCCCCCACCCAAGGGGAGAAUGUCGAUGAGGUUUGCAAACUAGUCCUGAGAACGAGUGUCUGACAGCUGACACCUUGGGGCCCGGGUUUUCAGCACAGGGUGUUACAGUGAAUGGAAAGAUCUGUCUUUGUGAGGGAGCAUGUCCCCAUGUUGGCAAAGCUGUAAAGAAUAAAUGCAUCUUGAAUAAACUAC